UCCUGUUCCGGUUCAACAGUACCCAUUACACACAGAUCAAAAUGUUGACCCGAGUGUCACGGUUCGGGUCCGCUUUACCCCGGUUACUCUCUAAUCCACCGGCUCGGUUUGUCUCCCAGUCCAAACCGACUAGUAGCACCGGUUCGACCGCUGUGACGGAGCUGCAUCCCGCCGCCGAGCAGUCUGGACACGGUGAGGUCAGCCCGUACGUCAAGAAUCCAGAUUACCAUGGCUUCUCCAGCGAUCCCGUGGAGGAUGAGUGGAACAUGAGGGUGGGCUUCUUCUUUGGCAUUUCGGUGGCUCUUGUUAUUGGAGGAACAUUUCUCCACUAUUUGCCAGACCACGGCAUGCGGCAGUGGGCCAGAAGGGAGGCAGAGCGUGUUAUCGUGCAGAGAGAGAAGGAAGGUCUCCCUCUCAUAGAAGAGAACUACUAUGACGUAAACAAGAUUGUUCUGCCCACCGCUGGAAAGGAGUAGGAUAUUCAGGAUCCACUCACUGUAUUUCCGAAUCAUUGUAUUUCAGUAUGAUAGAAUAAACGAUGUGCUUGUUGAGUUAUUUAA